AUGGGGAGGUGGAGGCCCAAAGAGGGGGGAGAGCGGUCACUGUGUCACCCCCCAGCCGUACAGCUGCGUCCCACCCCCGGCCCUGAGGCCAGCGGUGCCGGCGGCACCCUCUAUUUAUGUUGUCUGGGGUGUUCCAAGUACAACCUGGUGGACGACCGGCACGACCUCCGCAUCCCCCUGCACAACGAGGACGCUUUCCAGCACGGCAUCUGCUUCGAGGCCAAGUACAUAGGCAGCCUGGAUGUACCACGGCCAAACAGCAGGGUGGAGAUCGUGACAGCCAUGCGGCGGAUCCGGUUCCCUGGGACCACCAUUGUCCUGGGAAACGACACCUGGGAUCCAGCCUCUGAAAUCAGCAGCUCAGCCCCAAAGUUUCACAGCUCUACAUCAGCAUGAGAGGACAGGCACAGAGAGAACAACUUUGAUAACUUCAGUAAUCCCCCCAUGUUUAAGAACAAAAUAAAGCAUCUCUUGUUGACCUAUAUGAACAAACUUAAGCACAGCCUAAAUAAUGUGUAGAUGAAGCUCUGGAUGAUGGAAGGAAUGCAGAUUAAGGUAAAAUAAUGACUUC